AUGUCUAAAGGUCAAACUUUACAAGAUCCGUUCUUAAAUUCUCUCCGUAAAGAACGUAUUCCUUACCUGCACGUAAUCCACGUCCAGCUGGUGCUCCUGCUGGUGCUCAAGGCGCUGCUGGUGGUUUCGGCGGUCAAGCUGGCGGCUUCGGCGGUCAAGCUGGUGGCUUCGGUGGUCAAGGUGGCUUCGGUGGUCAACAAGGCGGCUUUGGUGGUCAACAAGGCGGUUUCGGUGGUCAAGGUGGUUUCGGUAGCCAAGGUGGCUUCGGCGGUCAAGGUGGCUUCGGUGGUCAAGGCGGCUUCGGUGGUCAAGGUGGCUUCGGCGGUCAAGGUACUGACUUUGGCGGCGAAACAAAAUUUGAAGAUUCACAAGAAGAUGAAAACAAUCGCUUGGGUCUUUGAUUUCAAUGAACCAUCAUGCCAGGGCUUACCCAACCAAGACUUCCGCCAUCACGAGCAGAACCAGGAUCAUUUGAAUAGGUUGAAGCAAGCGUAG